AUGGCUUCCCUGAGUCAUCUGGAGGUCCUUAACAUAGAUACCACUUGUGCCAUUUGUCUUGACCACCUGCAGGACCCUGUUAUGAUUCCUUGUGGCCACAGCUUUUGUAGAGUCUGUAUCACCCAAUACUGGAAGCCAGUGACUAAAGACUUUAGCUGCCCAACGUGUCGGCAUGUUUGUGUUCAACAAAUCAUGUACCCCAACCGGCAGCUGGCCAGCAUAGUAGAGACAGCCAGGCAGUUGCCUUUUGUCAAGGAAAAGAUGCAGAAUGAGAAGAUCUGCUACAAGCAUCAUGAGGUCAUCAAUCUCUUCUGCAAGGAGGACCAGGAAGCCAUGUGUGUUGUGUGUGCAGUCUCCCAUGGCCAUCUCUAUCAUACAGUAGGGCCCCUAGAUGAAGUCCUCAAAAACUACAAGGAGAAGCUACAAUCUUGCUUGGAGGACCUGGGCAGGAAAGCAAAGGAUUUGAAAGAGCAUAUGUCCAUGGAGGAGAAGAAGCCCAAGGAGUUGAGAGAGUUAGUGCGCAAUUGUCAUAAGCGCAUCACCUGUGACUUUGAAGAACUACGGUCCUUCCUGGAGCAAGAGAAAGACCAGCAGUUGCAUUGCCUGAGAGCAGAAGAGACCGAGAUCUUGGGGAGGCUGAAGACCACCAGAGCGCAUCUCUCAGAGCAGUGCUGCUCUCUCAACACCCUCAUAGUGGACAUGGAGAGAUGCCUGGAGUCCAGAGCAGGAGUGCUCAAGGACAUGCAAAGUGUCUUGCAGAGGUAUGAAACUUUUAAGAAUCUGGAGUUGCCUUCUGUCUCUGUUGAACUGAAGAGGUCAAUGGCCUAUUUCCCUAGGCCAUUAUUUCACCUUAAGAAAAUGCUGAAGAAGUACACAGGAGAUGUGACUCUGGACCCUCAGACAGCUCAUCCCAAUUUGGUACUCUCGGAGAAUCUGAAGAGUGUUUAUUUCAUUGACAUCCCCCAGGAGCUGCCACACAGUUCUCGGCGUUUCACUACAUACCCCUGUGUGCUGGGAUCAUCUUCCUACUCUUCUGGCCGCCACUAUUGGGAGGUUGAAGUAGGGAACAAAACCCACUGGGCUCUGGGUGUUUGUUAUGAGUCUGCUAGUUCCAAUGUACAAGACCCCAAGCAGGAGUUGGGCUAUUGGAGGGUGCGUCUAUGGAAUGAACAAUAUGUGGCCAUGACCACCCCCUUUACCCCACUGCUGCUUAAUGUUAAACCAAAGCGUGUUGGAAUCUUUCUUGACUAUGAAGCUGGAAAAGUCUCCUUUUAUAACAUGACUAACCGUUCUCAUAUCUACACUUUUGAUGUCAUCUUUGCUGAGGCAGUCUGUCCCCUCUUCUAUCCAGGUGUAUGCAUAGGUGAUAUUAAUGCCGACCCACUGAGUAUAUGUGAACCCUCAGACUGGUACUAA